AUGCAAUAUUUUGACAUACAAUAUUCUUUUCAACCACAACAAGACACUGAUCAUCCCAAAUCACUUUUCAAUCAAUUGAAGUUGAAAUUGCUUAAGGUUUGCGUGCAUCAAUGUGAUAACAUCCAACCUUGUCUGUCGAUUGCCGUUCAAAGGGAAAAUUGCCUGAAAACAAACAAAAGAGAAGUUCAAAUUUAG